AUGUCCAGCGUAGGAUUUGACGAAAAGUCUUCUGAUAGACUAGAAGGAACUCGUUCUGUGGUCGGAGGCUUGAUCUUAAAACAAGGGAACAACAAGAAAACGAAUCAAUCACCCAAGGAAAGCGUCCUUGGUCUGCAAAAGCUCGCUGAAGAGAAAAGGAAGCGAAAGAUUGAAGAAGACUAUGAAAAAACGAAACGAUUGAAAGAUGGAUCAUCAAAUUGUGGAGCAGAUGAAUGGGAAGAUGGAAGCGAUGAUUUGAAAGGUCGUUGGAAAGUUAGUUCGGGAAGUGGAGAGUUAAAGUCGAAAUCUCGCCACUACAGAUCUAGUUUAGUGGAAACACCUUCACAUACAGGUGGUGUUAAUGAAGAAAUAAGGGAAAAACAAUUGAGAAGAUUAGAAAGGGAUAGAGAAACGAGGAGAGCAGGAGUGUAUGCUGAGUCAAGGGUCAAAGAGAGAAAGGACGCUUAUCGAGAUGGCUAUAGACACCGAAAUGACACUUAUGGUGAUCGGGAAAGACGAAAAUAUGAAAAAGGAGAGCGUAGUAGCCGUAGAUCUCAAAACUAUAAUGGAGAUAAAAGGGAUGAGUUUAGGGAGCCAAGAUCUCGCCGAAGUGAAUGGGAAGAAACGCCAUACAGGAGUAGUAAGUCUACAAGAGAUGAAGGUUACACUCCAAGACACAAGUCUAAGGGUAUGAUUAUCCUAUAUCUAGCCUCAUCUGCAGCAUAUGCUGUCACUUCCAAGCUUCAUCCCAUAAAAGGCUGUUUCAUUUAAUAUCUGUAUCCCCCUGUUGGGGACGAAUGGAAUUCCUCAUGGGUAUGACUUGUUGUAAAAAUUGAGGAUUUCUUUGAGGGUAGAGUAAAAAAACAUGGACAGCUUUAAUUUCCAUGAAAUUCUUCAAGGGUAGACCCAUAUCCUUCAAGAGGUAGACCCGUAUUUGACAGAAGUCUCUAGGGGUGAAUAGAAUUUUAUUCAAUCUUCAGGGGUAAGAAGAAAAGAUAAGUCCUCAACCAGGGGUAUGGAUGUUAAAUACAAUAUAUUUAGCCGAAAAAGCUUUGUAUGUGGAUAUGCAUUCAUUCUAUAAACCUAAUAAUUAUGUGCUUUAUAUGCUGUUCUAAGUGGAUUUGCAGUGACUAAUAAUUGAUUUAAAGGUUUUUUAUCAACUCGAUAGGUGGAUAUGUGGAUAUGUUGUGACAAAGUGGACUUAAAAUAAAUGUAAUGAUCAUGUAUCCACAUAUGGACCUAUUUUUAGUAAUUGCUUUAAACUGACCAGGCAGUUAUUAACCUGAAUGAUACUUCUGUUAGAUAUUAGAACACCUUCACGGAGUAGUUGGGAUGAUGAGGAGUCGACACCCAGCAGGUCAAAAUGGGAAAUGCCAUCGCCCGCCAGAUCUGUUAGUGAAGAUGUAAGGAGUGAAAGAAGGUGAGUCAGUGUAAAGCCAAAACUGCAUUGAGUGACCAUUAUAGCAAGAUGAGCUAAUUCAUCAUAGCCCUUCACUUGGACAACUACAGCUUAGGCAAAUCUAGUAAUUUGUAUUUGUAUUUAUUAACAAAGUCAGCAAACUAAAUUGUCGUUAAAUAUAUUGUGCUUGAUAACUGUUGUUCUCCAUUUGUAGAUCACAUCUCAGAGUUGAUGAUACACCUCGUUUUACUCCCACACAUAAAUACAAUGUUUGGGAAGAUGAUCGCCGUAGUACUGGAGCAACACCAAGAUUCUCCAAAGGAAAACGUAAGAACUUGACUGGUAUCUUACACCAUUUUACAUACAGAAAGUUCUCAAAAAUGAUGAAAUUAUGUAUAUUGUGUUCAAUGCUGCAACCUCCUGUGGGAAUGAAAUGCAAAACAAUUUUUGGUUUAAGUACAGACUGUCACCUACUGCAUAUAAGAGAUAGACUUCCUGAGAGGCAGUUCGCCCAAAGUCAGUCUCCUGUAGGGAAGGUAAGGGUAUUUUAUGAUGGGUUGUAUUCUGGGCCCAGGCCCAGUUGUUCGAAGGCCAAUUGGUGCUUAACCCAGGGUUAAAUUUAACCCAGGUUUCUUUUUCUUGUGUUCAAAAGCAUUUUCUCAGAAAAUUUUCUCUGUUAUUUUUAGAGCUUCCAAUCAUCAUUUUGUGGACAAAAAGAAUUAAAACUGAAAUGCUUUUUAAGCUUUCAAAUAUGAAUUUAAUCCUGGCACUAACCCUGGGUAAUCUUAAGCUAGCUUUGAACUACUCGGCCCAGGUUCUUUAGGGCUAGGUUGGCAACAAUUGGUCAAUUGUAAUAAGAAAUUAUGAUCACAUUCAACACAGCUAAAAAUGUACAUGCCAUCUAUGUUUUUUUUAGGAUCUGAUGUUAGGCAUGAAUCACAAUUUCCAUCAGAUAUUGACAGGGAAGAGUGGGAAGAAGAACAAAAGGUAAUUAUUACUUGCCCAAAAUCAAGUUUUUAACUUGGCAUUAAAUUGAAAAGCUUGGCAUUUUAGCCAUAGUCCAGUCAUAUCAUUAUGAAAGGUGGAUGUAUAAAAUUGUUUUAAACAUUACGUAGUCAAUAUAAUAUUAAUAAUGAUAAUAAUAAUAAUAAUAAUAAUAAUAAUAAUAUUAAUUUAUAUUAGUGCUAUUCAGCUAAUCUUCCAUAAUUGAGCCUAUUGUCGAGAAUCUUAGAUUCCUAUAAGAUAUACAAUGAUGUAAUUAUAUAAUGGAGUCUCUUUAAAUUUACUGACUAUCACUGUAAUUGUGUUUACAUUUUAACAGAGACUUGACCGUGCCUGGUAUGACAUGGAUUCUGGUUACGAUGAGACUCACAAUCCAUUUGCUGAUGUUAGUGAAGAGUACACUAAAAAGAAGGAAGAAAACAUGGCAAAGAAAGCAGUCAAAAGAAUGUCUGCUCAGCAGCGUCAGAUCAAUAAGGUAUAUACACAAAAAGUAACUAGUAUCAAAUAAUUUCAAUUGAACACUUGUUUUCAUGGUCAUUGUUUUAUUAUUAUUAUUAUUAUUAUUAUUAUUAUUAUUAUUAUUGUUAUUAUUAGUAUUAUUAUUGAUGUUUUAUUACAACAACACAGAAGGUUCACAUGGUCAAUGUACUUCGUUAUCCAGUUAUGAGGUCCCUGAUGUCUAUGUUGUAGUUCAACUUGAUGUUUUGACCAUUAUGGGUUGAAGUUAAUCUAACUUGGAUUUUUUUUUUCUUCAGGAUAAUGACUUGUGGGAGACUAACAGAAUGUUAACAAGUGGUGUAGUACAAAAAUUAGAGGUUGAUGAUGAUUUUGAAGAUGACCAAGAAGCCAAAGUCCAUUUGUUGGUCCACAACAUUGUUCCACCCUUCCUGGAUGGACGAAUUGUCUUCACAAAACAACCAGAACCUGUUAUUCCAGUUAAGGUAUUGAAAUAACCCAGUUACUAUUAAUUUUAUGAGUGUGGUGGAGGAGUUGAUCUCGGGACUACCAAGACUUCCUCAAAUACUCCUAGGGUCAGGGUGGGAUUUCAUCUUGGGGCCUUCAGAUUUCAAGGCCAAUGCUCCAACUGAUUGGCCAUGCAUGCGGCCUCCUAGGCAUUAUCUCCAGGAGUAGGGUGAUGAAUUAUCAGAUUCUAAGCAAACAAAACUAACCUGGUCUUAGUGUCAAAUGAAGGUAUUGAUAUUCUCCUGUUAAUGAUACCUUUUAACCAUUGGGUGUUAAAUUAUUUUAAUAGCAACCUAAGGAGCAAAAAAAAAAAUUGUGAAUUGUAAUUUGUUUACCCACGGAGCACUAAGAAGUUCAUAAGAACUUGCUGAAAGAUCGAACUGGAAUUUGAGAGCAUUAGUUUUUAAGGAGAGAGGAAAACCAGAGUACCCGGAGAAAAACCUCUUGAAGCAAGGGAGAGAACCAACAACAAACUCAACCCACAUAUGGCAUUGAGGCCAGGAUUCGAACCCAGGCCACAUUGGUGGGAGGCGAGAGCUCUCACCACUGCGCCACCCUUGCACCUCAAUAACAAGUGAUUAAUUUUUAUUGUUUGCAUGUUUGAUUGAAAGUUACAAUGAUACAUUUGUACAGAGUUACAUGCACAGUGUAACUGAUCAAAUGUGUACACCCUCACUUAAUUGUAGGAUUCCACCUCUGACAUGGCCAUGAUUUCUAGAAAAGGCUGCCAUGUUGUACGCCUGCACAGAGAGCAGAAAGAACGACAAAAAGCUCAGCACAAGGAUUGGGAACUUGCUGGAACUAAACUGGGGAACAUUUUGGGAGUGAAAAAAGAACAAGAGGAGGUACCUUAACUUCCAUUGCAUGAGUAAGCUAAAGCUAGGAUACACAGUAUAUUUUGACAGUUUUGCCUUGGCCAGCCCACACUUUUUGUGGCUAUGGUACAGAACUCAACAUUUAGAAUAAUCAACUCCAUAGCAAUGGUCCUUGCCUACAGAGGCAUUUUUCAAGUGGUUGCAUCAUUCAGUAAAUGUGUUAAACAUUUGUAAUCUAACUUAUAAACCAGAGACUGGCUUUAUGGUGUUCCCCAUAUUUUUAUUUUAAAAUCUUAACGUAUUAUUCCUUGACUAUAGCCUCUUGCCGGCCAAUGCUGAGUAAGCUACUGGAAGCCAUUGAAUAUAAAAAUCUUUUAGUGUGGGCUAGGGGUGAGGAGAGAUGGCUGUAUUUGUAUAGGUAAUAGCAUGAUUUGUAGUGAUAUUUGGCAUAAAUACCAGGAGUGAUAUUUAGAAAUUGUUACACGUAAUUUCACGAGCCGUUAGGCGAGUGAAAUUUGAGACAAUUUUGAAAUAUCACAAGUGGUAUUUAUGCCAAAUAUCACGUACAAAUCAUGCUAUUAUUUGUUUAUACUACUACCCACAAAAGGUUUGUAAUUUUCAUAUGUAGGUAUUUCAAAUUAAGCUGAAAUACCACUGCUCUAAGCCAAUCAAAUUGCAGAAAUUUCUGAUGUAGUAGUAUAAGCAGGCUAAUUCUAUAUAGUGAUCUUUUGCAGUCACGUAAAUUGCAGUAGAUGGUGGGAACGUCUUACACCCAAAUGACCUUUUGGUUUUUGCUUGUUGUUUAAGGAUGAUAAAGGAGGUGAAGAAGAUUAUAAAGACAACCAAAAGUUUGCUGAGCACAUGAAGGACAAGACUGAGGCGAGCAGUGAGUUUGCUGCUAAGAAAACGAUCAGAGAACAAAGGCAAUAUUUGCCCAUAUUUGCGAUAAGAGAGGAGGUAUGAUACGCUUUUUGCAUGAUUUUUCAGUUUUUCUACUCUUGUCUUCACGUUAUAAAAGGCUUGCUAACUAAUUUAAUGCCUCUUCUUUCGUUUAAUUCCAGCUGCUAAACAUUGUUAGGGAUAAUCAGGUUAUCAUUGUAGUGGGUGAAACUGGAUCCGGAAAAACAACACAACUCACUCAGGUGAGAAAGAAUUCUGUAAGUUCAAAGGUUGUGUGAUGAAUGAAUGAAUGAAUGAAUGAAUGAAUGAAUGAAUGAAUGAAGCCCUAUGAUUCUUUAUAAACACAGGCAACACGAACUCCAAGGGUGAGCGCCUAUAAGAAGUAUCCUACAAUACAUUGUAUGUCUGCAUAAUUCACUUGCCCCAUAUUUCCAACUUUGCAGUAUAUGCAUGAAGAUGGCUACACGAAUUACGGUAUGAUAGGUUGCACUCAACCACGGCGAGUGGCAGCCAUGUCUGUUGCUAAACGUGUGAGCGAGGAGUUUGGAUGUAGACUUGGUGAAGAAGUUGGUUACGCAAUUCGGUUCGAAGAUGUUACUUCAGAG